CUGUGCCCGGGGACAAUGGGGACAUUGACGGGGGCGGCCCCCCCGUGUCCCCGCAGCACCCCCAUGGCAGGAGCCGACGAUGCCGCCCCCCGCCGCCCCCCCCACCCCGCGGGCCCGGAUACCCCGCCCUGCCGGGCCGUGCCGCGGGUCCACGCCUUCGGGAAGGGGGGGCAGGCGCUGCGCAGGGACCCCCGCGCCCCCCCCGCCAUGCGCGGCUGGCUGCGCAAGCAGGACAGCUCCGGGCUGCGUCUGUGGAAGCGGCGCUGGUUUGUGCUGGUCGAUCUCUGCCUCUACUACUACAGAGACAGCAGCGAGCAGCGAGUGCGGGGCGGCCUCCCCCUGCCCGGCUACGAGAUCCGCGUCCUGCCCCCCGCGCCCCGCACACCGCACGCCCCCCAGUUCCUGUUCACGGCCGAGCACCCCGGGAUGCGGACCUACUGCCUAGGGGCCGAGACCCCCGAGGAGAUGAACGCCUGGGUCUGCGCCCUGCGCCGUGGGGCAUCGCCCCUGCCCCGCUCCCCACAGGAGCCCCGGGGUGCGGGACCCCCGUCCCCCCCAUUGCCUGCUCGGUGCCACCCUCCUUGCUGCACCUCGGGCCCUCCGCUGCCCCCCAGCAAGGUGAGCACUGAAGGGGGGGACCCCUCUGUUUAA